GAAGUUUUGAAGAGCUUCUUAAGAAGACAUAUUUGGCAGGUACGUUAUGAACCAAGACGACACCAAUAUAAAAGAUAACGGGCUUUGUCGGUGUGGCUCUCAGAAACCCCCAAAGAAAAAUAAAAAGAAACUGCGAUUUUUCUCGCGACGUAAGUCGGGCCAUGAAAAUCUAGAAAAUUCUUUACCUCCAGGGGCAGUGCCCUGUUCCCUGUGUGGUGAAAUGGUCGUUCCUUGCAGAGCCCAGGAAUACCGUGAAGCCGAACUAAUCCGGAAGAAAGAACAGGUUACCAAGGAAACGGAUGACCCGAGCACGAUCUCUCCCGAGGAAACGGUGGCCAAACAAGAGGUGUGUGGCUGUCCGAACUGCCGCAGGGAACGUGGAGAACCUUUGACAGUGGAGCUGCUACCAAUGGACACUCAAGUAACCCUCCAGACCAUGGCUCAGGACAGUCUGCUCUUCUGUGAAGUUCUCUAAAACAGCACUUUCCAGUUGCACCUUCUUACUCCACGCCACCUGGUGAUUUUUUAGUACGGAGCUUUC